UAAAGCACCUCACCUGGGGGCAUAUGUCACAAUGUUUCAGUUUUCUUGUAAGUCAAGGUUGCAUCAAACCGUUGUGUGAUCUUCUCAACUGCCGCGAUCUGAAUAUAAUCAAAGUCUGCUUAGAAGGACUUGAAAAUAUUCAAAAAGCAGGAGAAGCUGAUAAAACUAAAGGCACAACUGGAAGAAUGAAUCCUUAUGCACAAAUGAUUAGUGAUGCAAAGGAUUGGAAUAAGAUGGACCAUUUACUGUAUCAUGUUGACAAUGAGAUUCGCAAAAAGGCUUGUAAAGUCUUCAAGUUUGACUGGGUUCAGAGGGAGAUACAUCGCCUUGCAUUGCAGCGUUUAUGGAUGGAGAUGAUGGAAACAUACUAGGGUCAUGUCAUGUGCUUGCUACACAAAAAUAU